CUUAUUCUAAUCAUCUAGCCACUUUUUAAAACAACUUUUCCUAAUAAGCGCGGAGAACUUUUUCAAGUAUUGUCUGUUCAAUUCCGUACGUAAAAAUCGAUCGCAACAAACAAAAAAUAAAUUUUCCAUAUUAUUAUCCGAAUAAAUUAUAUUUUUAUUAUGGGAGAGCGUAAAAAGCGUCCAGUUAUCUUGCUGAAAGUCCCAUCUUCCGAUGAUUUUUACGGACCGGCAUUACGCAACCAUAAUCUGGAUCCCAUUUUCAUUACUCCCUCGCAUUUUGUGUUUAAGAAUCUAAAGCAGUUGCACGCGAAGCUGCAGGAGCCCCAUAGAUAUGCGGGAAUUAUAUUUGCCGCUCCCCGAUGCGUACAGGCGGUGAACGAGGCUCUCGACAAGACGCCUCUGCCCAGUUGCUGGCGACCCUUGCACAAUUACGCUCUGGGGAAGAACACCCACAGCUCCGCUUGGUUCACAUUGCAGAAUCUGCGGACUUUGGGCGAUCACGCAGUGAAUGCAAACAAUUUGUGCGACUUGAUCGUGGAGACUUUCGGACCCAAGAGGGAUCUUCCGCUGCUAAUGCCCUGUGGCAAUGGCGUUGGUCACACACUGCGACUGCGGCUAGUGGCCCAGGGGUUCCGGGUGGACGCCUGCGAGGUUUACGAGAGUCGGUCGCAUCCAGAGUUUGUCAAUCAGAUGCGCCAUGCACUCAAGUUUAAACGAAUGGAGACGUUGGUCUUCUUUGGACCAUCCAGCGUACGAAGUGCCUUGGAGUUCUUUGAAAGUUUUAAGGUAUCGCUCAAGGAUCGAAAGUUGAUAGCCGUUGGCAGUGGAACCGGAAAGGCAAUGGAGGAUGCCGGCAUCCAGGCAGAUGCCGUUCUUGAUCCUGCUGAUGUGGACGGCCUGAUUAGGGUUAUCAAAUCCUAGAAGAGGAAUAUUCCGAGUUAUUUUUAUUUGUUUUUACUUUUGGUAACCUUUCAAAAUCUGUUUAGUGGUUAAUGUUCUUAAUGGAAGCAAUGCCAUGCAGAGUUUAAGCUGGAAUUCCAUUUGAACGAAUAAAAUACGAAAUUCAUUUUAAAUAA